AUGGCAGUGGUGCUGGGGCCCAACGCAAUCAACGAAGAAAAAUUUACGACGUGGUCAACUUCCACAAAAGCACUGGGGCUGAUUUGGAAUACAGCUUCGGGUACUGUAUCCGUGCCAACAGAGAAAGUAUCGAAAUCCCUCCACCAAAUCGCCUUGGCGCUCAGCAGCACGAACUGCACAUUGUCCACAAUCAACAAACUAAUUGGGCGUUUACGCUACGUAUCCACGUGUUUUCCUGCAGCGCGACCAUUCUAUCAAAACCUCCAAGUGUUCGCAGGGACGUUCACGCGUCAGCACAUCCGUCGUACAAUUCCUCAAGACGUACGAGAAGAUCUUCUGUGGUUCCAGGCUGUGUUGGAGCUGCAACACCGAUUCAAUUCAAUUCCAGUCGAGUAUUUUGGUGAUUUACUACCACCGUCAAGACACGUCUUGAUGGAUGCAUCUGACUCCGGUCUCUGCGUACUGGAGACGCAGCUGAAACAGUACAUCCGCAUGAAAUUCGACGCAACCGUCAGAAAAUCUUUCGCGAUAUCCAAUAAAUGUGCGAGAAUUAAUGAGCGCAGUUCUGGCCGCACUACACUGGGGCCCAGCGUGGAUGGCUACAGGGAGAGACCGGACUCAUGUUCGUCUUCUGCCUGGACACAGGUCACAGUUCACCCACCUUACAACGAUCUCUUGAAUUUCUGGGAGACUAUCUCCGAGACCAUGCUGUCGCCAACUCAACGUCUGGAAAAUAUCACUUUGUCUGGCUACAAUGGUGUAAAUUCUGCAAAUGGGUCGGCUGGUCUCGCUGGUUCCCCCAGUCCGGACGAUCAGCAAACAAGAAACUCGGCUGCUUCGCGGCAUACUGAUGGAAGUAUCAAGUGCCUAUCAUCCCCUGUUCGAAAACUCCAGCCAAUCACGCCAGCCUUUUUGCGCCUCCUGAGAUCGGAAUAUCUGCGAAUUGGUAGAACACGCCACUUCUACUGUUUGAAGAUGAACAACGUCUUCUUCUCGGACGCGGAAGGAAGGUCAUCAUCACCAUACAGCUCAACAUCGGUAACAAUAGACUUGGAAGGAACAAUGAACGACCAGGUCGACCGAGAAGCGUGGCGAACAAUGCGCGCGUCCGGAGAUCUGAUCAUUUGUCCAGUAAAAGCUUUAAAAGCCAUCUACAAGGCCAGGAAAGCGACAGCGACUACUAGCCCGUACUUGUGUGCUGACCUUAGUGCAGUGCUUGUGGCCAAAGCUCUGAAAGAAACGGCGAAGGCCAUCGGGGUACCAGAAGACAGGUACUCGACACACUCAGUGCGCAUCGGCGGCGCGACAGCUCUACUCAGUGGCCAGGCAAGCAGUAUCGCUAUCAAACCGCUCGGACGCUGGCUGUCGAACUGCUACGAACAGUAUCCAACCCAAGCAGCAAGUUUUACGAAAACACUCUCCCGACGCAUGACAGAGAACCACGGUCAACAGUCCCCAUCGAACCCCACUCGUGAGCACAACUAUUCGGGGGCCGCUCACCACGCCCUUACUCGGGGCCGGUCGACGGUCAAAUGGAACACAUUAGCCCCCUAGACGACUGAACGUAUCCUUGGAAACGGUGAAUAUCCGGAGGAUGUUCGGGUUUCCGGAUAGCACGAGAGGAGUUACACAACCUAUUGUAUUAUUAGCAACAAGUCUCGAG